AUGGCCCGCACCAAGCAGACCGCCCGUAAGUCCACCGGUGGCAAGGCCCCCCGCAAGCAGCUGGCCACCAAGGCCGCUCGCAAGUCCGCCCCCGCGACGGGAGGAGUGAAGAAGCCUCACCGCUACAGGCCCGGAACCGUCGCCCUGCGCGAGAUCCGCAAGUACCAGAAGUCCACGGAGCUGCUGAUCCGCAAGCUGCCCUUCCAGCGCCUGGUCCGCGAGAUCGCCCAGGACUUCAAGACCGACCUGCGCUUCCAGUCCUCCGCCGUGCUGGCCCUGCAGGAGGCCGCCGAGGCCUACCUGGUCGGCCUGUUCGAGGACACCAACCUGGCUGCCAUCCACGCAAAGCGCGUGACCAUCCAGCCCAAGGACAUCCAGCUGGCCCGUCGCAUCCGCCACGUGCGGGCGGGCUCAGCGCACGCCGCGGUGGGGGACCACGCCGCCGCGGCGGCGGCCUACGCCCGCGCGCUGGAGCUGGACCCCGGGCUGGCGGCCGACCUGGCGCCCGCCCGCGCCGAGCUGGCGAAAGUGGCCACCCGGGCCGCAAGGCGUGCGCUGUGCUGCGGCCAUGAGGGCGCCGUGACCUGCCUGGCUGCGCUGCCGGCUUCAAGGGGUGGCGACAAGGCAGCGCCGGCAUCCCCCCCCACAACCCUGCUCGCCAGCGGGGGCGCCGACGGGAGCCUGCGCCUGUGGUGCCCCGCGACGGGGGCCUGCCUGGGUAAAACCCCUGCGGCCCAUGCCGGGCGCGUGAUUUCGCUGGCGCACGACGCGCGUGCCGGCCUGCUCGCCUCCUGCUCCCAGGACGGCAGCCUGGCGGUCUGGCGCCUGGCCAGCAGCGCGGGCGUGCCACGCCCGGCGCUGGCCCUGGCGGCGCGGCUGACUGUUCCCGGCGCUGCACCGGCGCCCGUCCCCGUACGCGCCUGCUUCCUUCACGACACCGGGCAGCUGGCCGGCAGCUGGUCGGACGGCGCGGACGCGGUGGCCACGGGGUCGGCCGACGGCACCAUCAGUGUCUGGAGGGUUUGA